AUGGCGGAAAAAAUGGAAAAACUUGAGAAGAUGUUUGAGCAGUACCAACAACAGCCGCCACCAUGGUUCCUCCAAUAUCAGCAGCAGCAGACUCGUAUUUUCAGCAGCCGCCACCAACAACAAGAUGGCAAUAUCAGCUGCCGCCACCAACAUGCCAAGUAUAUCAAAGUGAACAUUGAAGAACGCAAUCCCGCCAAGAUUAAAUGUCCUUCACUCUUCUGUGGUCAGAUGUUGGAUCCUCUUUCAUGCACUCAAAUCAUUCCGGCUCAAUUGUACGACAAGUGGUGCGAUGUGCUAUGUGACUCAACUGUUCUAAGGUUGGAUACAUGUUACUGUCCCUACCGGGAUUGCUCGGCUUCGAUUGUGAACGAGUGUGGAGGGGAUGUGAGGAGAUCCAAGUGUCCCCGUUGCAAGAGGCUGUUUUGCUUCCGGUGCAAGCAACCAUGGCAUCCAGGCUAUGGAUGUGAAGAUCAUCAGGGUGCUAGUAUUGUUGAUUUGGAAUUUGAGGUGCUUGAAAAGAGGAAUGAGUGGAAGAGAUGUCCCACGUGCAAACAUUGUGUUGAAUUAUAUGAAGGUGUCGGACUGCUUGUUGCUACUAGUGUGGAAGACAGCUGCCCAAGUUUCCGCAUUGGUGUAACAGAAGAGAUUGCUAUCUCAUAUUUGGCAUGCUUUUAG